GGUCAAUAGAUUAUUGCAUUGCUCUAAAGGAGCCAUGUUUUAGGGCGUAAAAGAAAACUUUUAAACAUGGCUUCGGGGUUUGCUCAGCACUAUGUGGAAUGUACAACAUGCGAUAGCAAUGCUGAGUACCAUUGCAACACAUGUCAAUUUGACUUGUGUCAGGCCUGCAAAGAAACCCAUCAGCGAAAGAAGAAAACGGAAAACCAUGAGGUCGUUCUGUAUAAAGAAAGAGAAGAAAAAGUACAAGAAAGGUGCUGCACGCACAGCGACAAAAUAUAUGACGCCUGCUGCAAAGAAUGCGAAAUACCUGUAUGUAUAAAAUGUAUAAUGGAAAGCCAUUCAUGUCACGCCAUUGUGGAAAUCGAAGUCAUGUUCAAUGAGAAACUUGAAAUGUUUACCAAACAAAUACAAGAGUUGAAAGAAAAAAUAAUUCCACAGUGCGAAGAUAUUCAAAAGAAUAUAAGCCAAAAAAUGGAAAACUGCAGAAAAUCACUUUCACAAAUUCGAUCAGAUUUGUUAGCUACCGCUCAAUCCAUCAAAGACCUGGUGGACCUGAUACUUAAAGAGAAAACAGAAAAUUUAAGUAAAAUUGAAGACAGUCUUAUGAAGGAAUUGCAAUCCAUGAAAAAGAGAUGAAGACAUACACCGACG